CAUAAUGUCAAAAUCAACUGACAUUGUACAAUCGUUAUCAUUAUCAAUUGAGUGACUGAAUAUAUUAAUAUUAUAGAAAUAAAAACAAAUAAUGACUGAAAUAGUGUUAAAAUAACAGUUAAACUACAAAAUGGCGUUUCCUAAAAUAGAUGGUUAUGUUGUGACUGAAAAGCUCGGCUCUGGAAGUUACUCAACGGUGUACAAGGCAUAUACAAAGGUGGGAGCCCGAUCGGUAGUUGCAAUAAAAUGUGUGGACAAAUCCCGUGUGAAGUACUCGGGGUCAGCAGUAGACAACCUGAUUACGGAGAUAAGACUUCUGAAGUCCCUGACGCACCCACAUAUAGUACAAAUGAAGAAUUUCACAUGGGAUGAUAAAAACAUAUACAUUAUAAUGGAGUAUUGCUGUGGUGGAGAUAUGUCGAAAUACAUUCACCGAUACGGCAGGGUCCCGGAGAAACAGGUUUUAUAUUUCCUACAACAAUUAGCUUCUGCGCUCAAGUUUCUAAGAGAAAAAGGUGUAGUACAUAUGGACCUUAAACCUCACAACCUGUUACUCCACAAGGGAUCAGAUGGAAAAUAUAUGUUGAAAGUAGCGGAUUUCGGUUUCGCGCAGCACCUCUCGGCGGAGUCCGGGCGCUCGGUGCGCGGGUCGCCGCUGUACAUGGCGCCCGAGAUGCUGCGCGGACACUACGACGCCAGGGUCGACCUGUGGAGCGUCGGUGUUAUUAUGUACGAGUGUCUGUUCGGCCGCGCUCCCUACUCCUCCAGCACUUUCAAGGAGUUGGUGGAUAAAAUACAGAGGCAGGCGCCUAUUGAGAUCCCUCCGAAGUCUUCGAUCUCUCCUGGCUGUCAGGACCUGCUGUCGCGGCUGCUGCAGCACGACCCUGACCGGAGGAUCACGUACGAGGAGUUCUUCAACCAUGAAUACUUGGAUCUGGAGCAUAUGCCGUCCAAGGAGAACUAUGAGAAGGCGGUGUCGCUGAUCAAGCGCGCCAUCUCGCUGGACGCGGCGUGCGAGUGGCGCGCGGCGCUGGGCGCGUACGGCGCGUCGCUGGCGCUGCUGGUGCCGGCCGCCGCCGCCGAGGCCGACGCGCUGCGCCGCGCCGCGCUCGCCGACAAGCUCAGCAGGUAUAUGGAUAGAGCUGAAGAAUUGAAGGAGUUUCUGAAGACUGGCAACAUGAGGCAGAACACAGCUGGUGUUGAACAGGGGACUGGAGUAAGCGGGAUCAAUAGUAGUAUAAAUAAUGGUCAACCAAGCCAACAGAUAGUAAGCUGUAAUCCGUUCGUCUGCGCCGCUCAGACCAGUUCUAGAGAAGACGGCGUCAGACAAACGGACGACGGACAGACGGACAGAAUAGACGAGAUUGUCGAACAUAAGGAGCCUCCCCCCUCCGCCCCUCCCUCCAAGCCGCACCUGCUCCGGCGUCUGUUCGGCCGCCAGCCCUCCAUACCGUACCUGGACGCUAAAGACUGCAGCAUCACAGCGGACACGACACAAGAAAAACCAAAAAUGGCGGCAGAAAAUAACGACGGAUGUAGAAUUACAUGAUUAUUAUAUUAAAAAGAAUUUCCCUUCUCUAUGUAACAUUCGGCUCCCAGUCUCCCCGACAGCUGAACACCAGCAUGUCACCUCGCGACUGUCUAUCUGACAACACAACACAUGUUACUGUAACACAGUAUCACAUAGUAAGACUGCGUCACAACUGUAAUGACUUGACGACUGUCAAAGAUGGUGUUAUAGUAACAGAGAGACGAUAUAAUGUGUGUGUUGAUCCGUAUUUUUAUAAAAUAUAUGAGUAGCUACUGCACAGGCAUGAGGAGCUCAUGGCUAAGCUAUAGCCGCAUAAGUGAUUCGAUCACAGGUUAAGCUAUGCUUGACGCGGUUGGUCCGUAGAUGGG